AUGAACGCCACACCUCCCGACUCCGAGAUCCAUCUCACUCAACCAGAAACCAAAAUCUCGAGAUGGGUUACAGAGACGGUCGACGAAUCCACCAUCCACGGCGUCGAAAGCGAGCUCCUGGUUCUGCGGAAAAUGCUCGAGAAACCAGAAGAUGACGGCGGUGGAAAUGGGUUCAGGGCAAUCGGAGUCACCGGAGUCCGAGGGAUAGGGAAAUCGACGGUUUGCCGGGCCUUUCUCCAAAACCCAGAAGUGAAAUCCAAGUUUCUCCCGAGGAUUUGGGUCUCCAUGUCGAGAAUUUUCAGCGAAGACAGAGAUCCCAAAAUCGCUGUACUCAAGAGAAUAUUAAUCUCUCUCGGAGUCGGAAUAGACACAAAUAUUCCCGGUGAACAAACACUCCGCCGCCUCCUCUACACCCUCCGCUUGCAACUGAGAGGGAAACGGUAUCUGGUUGUGCUGGAUGACGUACAAGAAUCGGAAACAGAGGAAGAACAAAAUGGGUUUUGGGAUUUGAAAUCUUCCCAGAAAACCGGAGAGAAUUUGAGAGAUGGGCUUCCAAGAGGGGAAGGCGGGGCAAUUAUAGUGACGAGCAGAAGCGAGAAAGCUGCAAAAGGUAUGGUGGGUGAGGGAAAUUUGCGGCGUUUGGUUCCUCAGAAAGACCCAGAAAGUUUGUGGAAAAUAUUCUGGCAAGAAGUUGCAAAGGACGGCGAUUCCAGCCGCCAUCGCCAUCGCCAUCCUUCAAAUCUGAAGGAAACCAAGGUGGAGGUGAUGAAGAAAUGCGGCGGCCUUCCACUGGCGGCCAAGAUGAUGGGUCAGAUUAAGUUCAUCCAACGAGAUUCCAACAAUCUCAACACUUCUUAAUUCUCUCUGCUUUCUCUUUUCUUUCCCAUUUUCUUCUCACAAUUACAGUGUGUUUGUUUGUUACUUUCAAAUUAUUUUUAA